AUGAGUCUUUCAACACUUCGAAAGAAUCUCGGUAUCGUCUCCCAAGAGCCCGUUCUGUUCGACCGAACGAUAGCAGAGAACAUUGCGUAUGGAGACAACACAAGAAACGUUCCUAUGGACGAAAUAAUCAAAGCAGCUAAGGAGGCCAACGUGCACACAUUUGUUGCUGCUUUGCCUUCCGGUUACGAGACGCGUAUCGGUGCGCGCGCUUCGCAACUGUCGGGUGGACAGAAGCAGAGAAUUGCGAUCGCGCGCGCUCUCGUCAGGAACCCGCGCGUUUUGUUGCUCGACGAAGCGACCUCGGCUCUCGACACACACAGCGAAAAGGUGGUACAAGAAGCUCUGGACCGCGCUAGUGAAGGCCGCACUUGCCUUAUAAUAGCACACCGCCUGGCUACCAUUCAGAGCGCGGACAUUAUCUGUGUCAUCGAUAAAGGCGUGAUCGCCGAAAUGGGCACUCACAGGGAACUCAUCGCGAUAAAGGGAAUCUACGCGCGGCUGUAUGAGCUGCAAUGCGGCUUCGUUGAGGAGUCCGAGGAGAACAUCGAAAGCGGCGCUGCUUAA